AUGUACGCGAAGAUCCGUUUCGAAGAACAUUCCCAAAUAAAAGGCAAUCGGUCGUUCGGUGGACCGUUAGUCACCAACAUGGAACAACCAAAAUCAUCGCUGAGAUCUGUGGCGUUCGUUGCGGUCGUUUUCUCGACAGUUGCUGUCACAGCAUGCAUUUUCACAUUCCCUAUGGUCUUCCAUUAUGUUCAAACACUUCAAGCUAGUGUUCAGAGUGAAGUGGCGUACUGUAAGAGUAGAUCGAGGGACAUGUGGCGUGAGAUGAUUGAGAUGGCACCGCACGGUGAAGAGGAUGCGCUCGAUAUCCUGAUGCGUUCCACGCGUCAAGCCGAGGCACAAUGCUGCACUUGUCAACAGGGACCACCCGGACCCGAUGGACCACCAGGUCAACCCGGAAAAGAUGGUGCACCUGGUGUCGGACCUGGACCACCAGGACCACCUGGNGCUCAUGCGAUAAAUGGUAUUGAUGGACCACCAGGACCUCAAGGACCACCUGGUCCACCUGGACCCAAUGGUCAGCCCGGAACACCAGGUCAACGUGGACCACCCGGUGAACCAGGACAACUCAUUCCUGGUGACCGACCACCGCCAGGACCUCCUGGACCACCAGGAAGACCUGGUCCACCAGGAGAGCCAGGUCGUCCUGGACCACCCGGACGUGAUGGAGAAAACGGACCAUCAGGAAACCCUGGAGAACCAGGACCACGUGGUAAGUAG